AUGGACUUACUCAGGGAACGGUGCAAGCAAAUAUUUAGUACCAACAGUUUAGAUGUAGAUCAUAAACAAGCUGAAGCAAUUAUAUGGGAGUUACACGAGAUCUACGUUCUUUUAACGAAGAACUUCCAGCUGUUUAACUCCUUGCUGUCUCCUGUGAUGUUCUUCUACGUAAUUAUGUGUUCAUUGAAGCUUUGUUUUAGUGCAUUUGAACUAACCUCCACCAACGACGCAACACAGAAAUUGCUAGUGGCGGAAUACUUAGUGUUCGGAAUCACACAGCUGUUCUUAUUCUGUUGGCACAGCAAUGAUGUCCUCGAGAAGAUUCUUAAAGGGGCCUACAGCUAUUACACGCUACUUAAAUAA